UCGUCACUUCGUGGGCGGAGUAAAACCUCUCGCUUCUCCUCUUCCUAUGGACGGGAAGCAUUGUUGUACCAGCUGGGCCUGUGAAUGGGAUAUAACCACUUUUCCAUGGUGCAAAAAGUUAUUCUCUAUUUUUCCAGCUACAACUGUUUGUUACGUAUCUGUGGUUGGAGCACGCCAGGCAUGAGUGGUGCACACCUAGGCGAGUGGCAGAGGAGGUCCUUUGACAUUUCAUCUGGCACCUGCGCACCUGAGCAGACGGCAGACGCCUAUCGGGCGCACAUCCUCGCCAUUCAAUAUGCAUGGGCGAGCUCCCAGCUCUCUCAGGCCGGCACGGCCAGCCUGCUCAGGACUUACUCUGAGCGCUAUGCCGCAGUGCUGGACUCGGACGACCCUCGCACAGGGCUUAACAACUAUGCAGAGAGCGCACUGCACCUGGCCCGCAGUCAGAGGAACCACAGUGACAAAUGGGAGUCGUCCCUGACAACUGCGAAUGUGCUGGAGCUGCCGUGCGUGCAGAAGAUGAUUCAGGCUGGGACAGGGGGUGGAAAGUCCCUGGUGGCACCUGCAGAUGUUGACGUCACUGUUGGACAAGAGAGCAGAGGCAGCUCCCUGCCUGUUGUUUCCUCCACUGGACUCAGAGCUGCAGAGCCUCCAUUCAAACCCCUGGGACCCACAUCAUGGCCAAAGGCUGCGGGCAACAGCACUUUCAGCAAUUUACAGAGUAUUACUGCAGAGAGACCAAGAGGCCCUGAGGGAUUCCCCAGCCACCCCAAUUCCUCUGCUGGCCCCUCAGGAAGUGGUCAGUCUCUGUUUGGCCAGUACUCCUCAGCUCCACCACAUCCAAACCCAGGCCCUGAAGCGAACCAGUCUGUCUUCUUCAACUCUAACCCCUCCAAGAGGAAGACAUUCUAUAACUCCUGUGGAGAGAGUGGCAGAGGGGGGGCAUCUAGAGGGCAAGACCAAAGUGGUGGUGGCACUAACUUCAAAACGGCAAGGGAGCAGUUUAUUGUUGAUCAGCAGAAAAAGCACUCCCACCAGCCCCAGAGAGCUCAGCAGCCCCCUGGGACGGUGGUUGCCAUGGGGAAUGCCACGAAGAAGUCACUGGGGGCCAACAGGCCACGGGGGACAUUUUCCAAAUUUGUGUCCCCAAUGCCAAGGCAAGAGGACAAGGAGGGUGGGGUCGGGAGCAACAAUGCCCAGGAGACUCAGCCAGUAGACGAGCGUCUGAAAAACUUUGAGCCAAAGAUCAUCGAGCUGAUCAUGAGUGAAAUUAUGGACCACGGGCCGCCCGUAGCCUGGGAUGACAUUGCUGGCCUGGAGUUUGCCAAAGCCACCAUCAAGGAGAUUGUUGUGUGGCCUAUGCUCCGGCCUGACAUCUUCACUGGCCUCCGUGGUCCACCCAAAGGCAUCCUCCUAUUCGGGCCCCCGGGGACAGGAAAAACUCUGAUUGGGAAGUGCAUCGCUUGCCAGUCAGGCGCCACCUUCUUCAGCAUCAGCGCCUCCUCUCUCACCUCAAAGUGGGUGGGGGAGGGAGAGAAAAUGGUGAGAGCACUCUUCGCCAUUGCCCGCUGCCACCAGCCAGCAGUCAUCUUCAUCGACGAGAUAGACUCUCUGCUGUCCCAGCGUACGGACGGGGAGCACGAGUCAUCCCGGCGGAUAAAGACUGAGUUCCUGGUUCAGUUGGACGGGGCGGCCACCUCAGCCGACGACCGCAUCCUGGUGGUGGGGGCCACCAACCGCCCUCAGGAGAUAGACGAGGCGGCUCGGCGCCGCCUUGCCAAACGCCUCUACAUCCCCCUUCCCGAGGCAGCCGCAAGACGGCAGAUAGUCUCUAGCCUCAUGGCCUGCGAGAAAAGCCAGCUGGAAGAGGAAGAGCUGGAGAACGUGGUCACAGGGACGAAGGGCUUUUCCGGGGCCGAUAUGACAGGACUGUGCCGGGAGGCAGCGCUAGGCCCCAUCCGGAGCAUCCAGCUCAGUGACAUUGCCACCAUCACCCCCGACCAGGUGCGGCCCAUCCUCUACUGUGACUUCCAGGAGGCCCUGAGGGUCGUGAGGCCCAGCGUCUCAGCCAAAGACCUGGAGCUCUAUGAGGAGUGGAACAAUACUUUUGGUUGUGGUCGUUGAUCAGGGAAGCAGUAAUGACUCGCAUUAUACAUAUUAGCCUAUAUUUGCCAUUUACUGCUGUUGGGGAUAUAUUUAGAUUAUGUUGAGUAAAUAAAAUUGCAUUUUAGAUUUCCCGCAACAGACUCCACCAUAAAAUGAGACUAUUUUAAUAAUCUGUCUAUGUUAACUUGAUUUCUCAUUUACUAAUCCAUGGCACAAUGUUUAUUUCCAAAUAUAGGCUAUUUGUUUUUCUACACUGUUGAUUCACUAAAUAAGAUAUUGGUGUAAGUAAUAUGUUCCUAAUAAAUUUGCUAAAUGUUUUCUA